UAAAAUUAUAGGUCAUUGAUGGUGGAGUUGUCGCAUGUGAGUGGUUAAUUCCUCGUUGUUGAUUUAGGCUAGGAGGUGGCUAUUUCAGUAUGUUCUUAUUAGCACAAUGGAUCGAGCGUGCGGAAGGGCUCAAACUCAGCACAUGGUUAACUCGAUUUCAUGUUGCUUCGAUGAGCUUUAGAGCUUGCCAGUGAUCGGAAAAGUGAGGCAAAAUGACGACGGAUACAGGUUUUGGAUCAAAAGCUUAUCCUAUUGCUGACACCAGUUUGUCUCAGAAGUUACUCGAUCUCGCUCAGCAAGCGCAAAGCUACAAGCAAUUAAAGAAAGGUGCGAAUGAGGCCACGAAGACGCUGAAUCGAGGACUUGCAGAGGUCAUUAUAAUGGCUGCUGAUGCCGAACCGUUGGAAAUUAUCUUACAUUUGCCUUUACUAUGUGAAGACAAAAACGUGCCUUACGUGUUCGUGCGCAGCAAGGCAGCCCUUGGUCGGGCGUGUGGUGUGUCGCGUCCUGUAAUCGCUGCAUCAAUAAUCCAAAAUGAGGGUUCUCAGUUGAGAAGUCAAAUACAGAAAAUCAAGGAAGAAGUGGAGAAACUUUUGAUUUGAGAAAAAAGAACACUAAUCUUUGUUUCUCGAUGAAAACUGUUUUUGCGGUCUUGGAGUCAUCAAAAAUUUUAGCUGAAAUAAGGAAGAUAUAGUUUGAAUUCACUUGUUUAAGACUGAUUUACUUAUUGC